AUGGGGCUACCACAGCGCCCAGGACCCCCGGCCCAGCUGGAGCGCCUGCUCCAGGCUUCGGACCCCGGGAGGUCUGGAGCGCGCGACGCCCUGGCCCUCGCCCCCCGCUCCGUGCAUAACAACCCCCACCUCGUCCUCGUGGUGGUCGCGGCGACGGGCCAGGCGGGAGCCGUCCCGGUCUUCCACGGCAGGUACCGCCGCCCCCCGCCGCCCACCCCACCCCCGCAGCCUUCUCCCUCCCAGUCUGAGUUGGCGCCGAGCCGCCGACCUUCUUCAAGGUGCCCGCAGGCAUCUCCCCGGCGAUCUUGGUGCAGAGCAAAGGCACGCCGGAGGCGCAGUCUGGCUGCGGCCCAGCCCGGCGGCACCCUUGGUGGCGUGACCUUGGGCAAGUCCCCGGGCUUUGGGGUCAUCUGA